AUGGCUCUUCAUAUUCAUGAAGCUUGCAUACUUCUGUUGGUCAUCCUUGGAUUAGUCACCUCUGCUGCCAUCAGUCAUGAAGACUAUCCUGCUGAUGAAGGUGACCAGACCUCCAGUAAUGACAAUCUAAUCUUUGAUGACUAUCGAGGGAAAGGGUGUGUGGAUGACAGCGGCUUUGUAUACAAGUUGGGAGAACGAUUUUUCCCAGGGCAUUCCAACUGUCCAUGUGUCUGUGCUCUGGAUGGACCUGUUUGUGAUCAGCCAGAAUGCCCUAAAAUUCACCCAAAGUGUACUAAAGUGGAACACAAUGGAUGCUGUCCUGAGUGCAAAGAAGUGAAAAACUUUUGUGAAUAUCAUGGGAAAAAUUACAAAAUCUUGGAGGAAUUUAAGCCCUCUCCAUGUGAAUGGUGUCGCUGUGAGCCCAGCAAUGAAGUUCACUGUGUUGUAGCAGACUGCGCAGUUCCUGAGUGUGUCAACCCAGUCUAUGAACCAGAACAAUGUUGUCCUGUCUGCAAAAAUGGUCCAAACUGCUUUGCAGGAACUACAAUAAUCCCGGCUGGCAUUGAAGUGAAAGUGGAUGAAUGUAACAUCUGUCACUGUCACAACGGGGACUGGUGGAAGCCUGCUCAGUGUUCAAAACGUGAAUGCCAAGGCAAGCAGACUGUGUAG